AUGUCCCGCGCCGAACGUCUAGAGAGAAAACGUAUAGCUGCGAGAGAAAGGUAUCAAAGAAUAAAGAAUGAUCCCGUUCGGUGUAAAGAGCUAAAAGAAAAAGAAAGACAAAGUUAUGCAAGAAAAAAGAAAAUGGGUUUGAUAAAGAUGGCGAAAGAAAUGACCAUCGAAGAAUUGCUUAAAGCAAGAAAACGUUGGAGAGAAAAAACAAGAAAAUUCAGAGCCCGGAGAAAGAUAUGA